GAAAGCCAACAGGCCGUUCCCUUGGCUUGAAUUUGCCUAUUUCCUUCAAGAUGAACAACAGCCGGCUUGCGCAGACGCAACCUUCCUACGACUUUUUGUCCGGCGCGUCGUCUUCUCCCCAGCAAUCUUCCAGAAGUCCGUUCGGGAGGAGUAUCCUUCCUCAAGAGCCACCGAUCAAACCCGAUGCCGGGAAUGAAGAACUACGAAUACAGAUUAGUACUUUGAAGUAUGAGCUCGAGAAUAUAAAGCAGGAUAGGGACCUAGAAUCCUUACAACACGAGAAAGAAUUACGGGAGCUGCAGGCCAGAGCAGACGCGGACUUUCGAAAAGCGCAGGCCGCAGAGAGUAGCUCAGCCAAGGCCCAACGUAAGAUCGAAUCGCUUACCGCAGAGUUAAAGCAAGUGCAGGAAACGUCGGAGGCCGAGCGAGCCUCCUGUGAAAGGAAGAUACGGGCGUUGCAGGAAGAGAGCCGAGCUUUGCAGGAGGAAUGUGACGAUUCAAGGUCCCAACUAGCCGACCAAGAACGUCAGUACAAAAACCAAGUCCGCGAACUGGAAACGAUCCGUUCGUCGCUCCAACAGACGUUGGAUGAAUUGAGAAAUGAGCUCCAAGAAACCAAAGCGUGCUUGCAAACGACCCAGAAGCGGUUAUCGCAACGUGAAGCUGAAGUGGACCAACUAGAGGCAGAGAACAUACAGUUAAAAUCUGAAGGAUCCGAGCCGGAAGCCCUGACUGUGCUCAAGCGGGAGCUUUCAGAACAGCUAUCGCAAGUGAAGAGAUUAGAAUCCGAAUUGCGGCCGCUACGAAAGUCUCAAAAGAAAGUCGAAGUCGUCGAAGAGCAAAAGCUUGCCCUUGAGAACAAGCUGCAUUUAAUGAGUGGCUUGGAAGCUGAACUUAGAAAUCAGCGAAUCCAGAAUCAGGUUUUACAAGACGAGCGACGAUCCUGGACAGGUCUAUUGCAACUAGAUGGGCAGGAACCUGAAUUUGACUCUCCAGAAGCUGUUGUUAGAGCCUUGGUUGAGUCAAGAAUUGAAAACGCCUCCCUGGUUGAUAAAAUCGGGAAUAUCCAGACCGAAGCUGCGGAAAAGACAGAAAUUAUAAACAACCUGGAGAUGGAAAAGCAAAGAAUACAUAAAGAAAUGGAAAGUCUCCGUUCGAACGGAGCGGGCGUAGUCGCUGCUGAUUCUCGUGCCAAAACACGGUUGGAGCGGCAAAGGGUCCUAGCUAUCAAGGAAGUGGAGUAUUUACGAGCACAGCUCAAGACGUUUGAUGCUGAGGAAACCAUGGUGAAUCCGGACGAGAAUCGAAUCGACACUCAGAAAUCCGAACAUAUUGCACAGCUUGAGGGUCUUCUGAGCGAACAUCGGGAAGAGCUUCACAAGUUGCAUGAAGAGCUGUCAAAAAAGGAAGAAAACGCAACACCAAGUGAUUCCCAGGCCUUGCGUGGAACUAAACGACCUCUUUCCCCAGCGGAGAGCGACGCGGAUAGUGAACGACUUGCUGGCUUGGUUCGCAAAAAUCGAACCUUGCAGGACUCUUUAUCCAAAUCUGAACAGUCGGUUGAGCUGUUACGCCGGGAGCUUGAGGCAGCAAAGUCUCAUCUUUCCUCUUUGCAAGCCCAGUCGCGAACCCGCAUCUUAGAGCUUCGAUCGAACCCAACUGCUGAUUUUGAAAACAUUAAGCUUUCCACCCUGAAGACUUUACGGGCCGAGAAUCGGGAACUUUUGAAGCAACUACGAGGAGGGAAUGAAAAUAUUCGGAUGAUUCCUGCUAGCACGCUUGACAGCUUGCAGCUAGAUCUUCAAGAGAUGGAGAAACAGGUUGCCGAUAAAGAAAAGCGGAUACGCCGUCUAAAAGAGAUUUGGACUGCGAAAUCAUCUGAAUUCCGUGAAGCGGUGGCGUCCAUUCUCGGUUAUAAGCUUGAUUUCAUGCCCAAUGGGCGUGUACGAGUGACUUCUAUGUUCCACCUUUCGCCAGCAUACAGGCACGGAGACCCGGGUGCUGCGGCCGACUCUAGUGGCCCGGGAAGUAUGGGUGACGGCGAAGAAAACUCGAUCAUUUUUGACGGAGAAAAUGGGACCAUGAAGAUAUCCGGUGGACCGAAUAGUUUGUUCGCUCUAGAAAUUCGAGAUCUUAUCAAAUUUUGGGUAGAGGAGCGGAAGGAUAUUCCCUGUUUCUUAGCUGCCAUGACGCUUGAAUUUUACGACAAGACGACAAGGGCCGCUCGAAUGUGA